AUGAAGAAGAAAAAACUUAAAGACGAUCAGUUCAUCGGAGUGCAGAUUUUACAAGUUAUUUUUUUCCGUCGCCGCCGUCUCCUCAGACACCUUCUUCCUCUUGUAUCCGCCGUCUCAGGAUUCCUCCUCCUCCUCUUUGCCGUUCUCUCAUCAAUCUCUCCUCCCAUUACCAGCAUACAUCGCCGCCACCACCUCAGUCUUAAUUCCUCGGUAAACAUUGAUAUAAUCGAGGUUCAGAUGAAUGCCAAGAAAGAGAAUGUUUUUCUAGUACCGGUGGGUGGAGGAAGCGUAGACCGCGAACUAUGGACUUCAAACGAAUCCAAACUCUUUCACGGUUGCAGUAACGCCGGUGAUAAGUUUGUAGCUGCCGAAUUGAACACACAACCCAAUCGGUAUUUGUUAAUUGCAACGAGUGGAGGCUUAAAUCAACAGAGAACAGGGAUAACAGAUGCUGUUGUUGCAGCCUAUAUCUUGAAUGCUACCUUAGUCAUUCCAAAGCUUGACCAAAAAUCUUACUGGAAGGAUACCAGCAACUUCUCUGAGAUCUUUGAUGUUGACUGGUUUAUGACAUAUUUGUCAAAAGAUGUCAAAAUUAUCAAACAGCUUCCGGAAAGCGUGGGUAAAGUAAUAACUACACGUGUUCCUAGAAAAUGCAACCCGAAGUGCUAUGAGACUCGUAUCUCGCCCAUUUUCAGUAAGAAGCAUGUGCAGGCUGUUCAGCUAACAAAGUUUGAUUACAGGCUCUCAAAUCGACUUAACACAGAGUUACAGAAACUGAGAUGUAGAGUUAAUUACCGUGCUUUGAAGUUUACUGAUCCUAUACUUGAGAUGGGUAGAAAAUUGGUUGAAAGGAUGAGAAUGAAAAGCAAGCAUUUUGUUGCCUUGCAUUUAAGAUUCGAAUCCGAUAUGCUAGCUUUCUCUGGAUGCUAUUAUGGUGGAGGGGAGAGAGAAAUGAAAGACUUUGGGUUAAUACGAAAGAGGUGGAAAACUUUACAUAUGAAAAAUCCUGACAAGGAAAGAAGGCAAGGAAGAUGUCCACUAACUCCCGAGGAGGUUGGCCUGAUGUUGAGAGCAUUGGGUUUUGGAAAUGACGUUCAUAUAUAUGUAGCAUCUGGUGAAAUAUAUGGGGGUGAAGAAACAUUGGCACCUCUGAGAGCUCUUUUCCCAAAUCUUCAUUCCAAAGAGACUAUUGCCAGCAAAGAAGAGUUAGCAGCACUAUCGUCAUAUUCUUCUCGCAUGGCUGCAUUGGACUUCAUUGUUUGUGAUGAAAGUGAUGUUUUCAGCACCAAUAACAAUGGAAAUAUGGCAAGAAUGCUCUCUGGUAGAAGGAGAUAUUUUGGCCACAAACCAACAAUCCGCCCAAAUGCUAAAAAGCUUUACCAACUUUUCCUCAAUCGAGAUAAUAUGACAUGGGAAGAAUUUGCCUCACAAGUCCGAAAAUUCCAAAUUGGUUUCAUGGGAGAACCAAACGAGGUACAGCCCGGUAGGGGCGAGUUCCAUGAAAACCCAUUUCCAUGCAUAUGUAAAUAUUCUGAAGCAAGCGCUGCAGAAAAUACAAGUUCUCAAAGCUGGGGAUCGGUGAGUGAUGAACUGUUCAGUGAAGAUGAUGAGCUAUAUUCAUCAGAAUUAGAUUAUGUUGAAGAUGGUAAAUAG